AAUGGCGCUAAGCAGGAGCGUCAGCAGUUUAGUAGGGGCGCGGGAGCGGCAAAAAUGUCCCGUCCCGGGCGACUACGUUGCGUCCAUGUGCGUGCGCGAUGCCGUGGAGCAGUCGAAUGGCAAGUUCCCCAGCUUCCGUGAGCCUCGCGAGAUCGGCAACUUCUCGCUUGUGGGUGAGCAGCGCGACUAUGAGGACGGUGCGGCGCAGAUGAAGUACCUGCGCAUGCCGAACCAGCGGCACCGACUCAUGUGGGACCUGAACCGUGGCUACGAAGUGGCAGUGCGCAGGGAUCGCUCGGUGAACGAGAGGCUGGACAACCUGCUAAGAUGGAUAAUCCGCAACAAAAACAAGUUCUUGCUGAGCUCCGCCGCGAGGCCACCGGGCGAGCCGACCCCCGAAACCCAAAGCCUCCACACGGACUUUGUUUGCUAUCGGGGUCUGCUGACGCGACUUGCGUGCACAGCAUAUGAGGCACGUGAGGACUGGCUGCUGGCUGCCUGCCGUUUUCGUGGCAGCAUUUACCUGUGCGCCUUCGAGACGGAUGCGGAGCGGAGGCGGCGUCUCGAGGAUGCAGCCGACCCUCGUCGUGACCGUAUGUCUUUCUGGGGCUACAAGUUUGAACAGUACAUGGUCAGUGCGGAGCCCGAGGGUGUGCCUGAUGGGGAUGCGGUGGUGAACGAGUGCGAGGAGUACUGCAUUGUGGUGCGCAGUCGGCUCGAAUCGCACUCACUCGUGUUCGGUGCCGAGGUGGACGGUGUUGAUCCGCGGGUCCACAGGCACGGUCGGCAGUCACAGCCGGGCUCCACCGGAAGUUAUAUCGAGCUCAAGACAUCACGGGAUUGCCUCUCUGAACAGCAGUACCGCAACUUCUGCCGCUUCAAGAUGCUCAAGUGGUGGGCGCAGUCUUUUCUCGUGGGUAUUCCACGUGUGCUGUGCGGCUUCCGGGAUGACCAUGGUGUUGUAGGCACCCUCGAAGAGAUUGACGUUCGAGAGAUGACCCACAGAGCGAAGGGCUUGUGGUCUGGUGCGGUGUGCAUGAACUUCUGCAACCAGCUGCUGUCCUUCAUCAAGAAGCACGCCGCACAGGAUGACCCACAGGCGGUCUACCUAUUCCAGUACCUGCCGUCAACACGUGAGAUCGUUUGUACGCAUCUCGCAGAUGCUGGCGAGUUUGCUGUGCUUCCGGACUGGUACCUGCAGACAUUUGAUGACUCGUGAUGUGCACUUUCCAAAUGCUUGUUAUGACUGACAUGUUCUUUCGGUGUGCAUUGUGCCCAGUGUUCUGUCUUAUCGCUCUCUUCUAUCGGUCUGUCGGUCCAUGCAAUGUUGAGAGCUUUUGUUCCAAGACAGACAGUGCAGCAGACGACAGACGCAAGAAGCAGAAGACGCUUGAAUGUGCAGAUGUUCAAUACAUACUGUACAUACCGCCCACCACAUAGAUACGGUAGAUCCUAAAUAUACAAUUAGUCCGUCAUGCUAAAAUAACUUCAAUAUGUUCAUCUUACUUGUUGACUCUUACAUUGCAAUAGAAACAAAGGAGUUUUUAGUUUACUGCUGUACAUCAAUCAUAUUCAUGUUUGUUAAUUGCAGUUCAACUGUAGGAUAUAGUGUGAAGCGCACACCAGAGGUGCAACAGCUGUGCCAAUUUGAUACACUUCCCAAUUAUUGCAUCAAGCUGCACCAAAAUGCCCAGCUUGCCUCAAAAUUUUAUCAGGUGUGCUAGUUUUGGCAAAAAAUGCAGACCACGACGGCCACCUGCAGUUUGCGUCAUCAGUCAAAGCGCACUGACCCUUGCUUUAAUGCCUAGAAUAUACUUUAAAUAUUCUAGGUACCCACUUUACAGUCGCGAGACGUAAUCAACCUCAUAAUGUAAAAACGCUGCAUGCCCAUCCGUUCGCUGACCACAGCGAAUACCUAUGGCAGGGACAAUGGAACUUCAAAACAAAAAUGCAUUGCUGUAGCCACCAACGCUUUGUGGGAAAUGUAAAUUUUCUAGCCUCAAAACGCGACUAUAGCAUGUUAGAAACUAAAGCUGGAAGCAAGCGUAUGCCGUGUUUUCCUGGCGCGAACAAGCUUAAAGUGCUGCGAACGCCGGAGUUGCCAGCGACCACGUUGAUUGCUUUAGCUGAGACACAUAAAUCAUUUUUUGUCUUGAAGUUGCAUCAUCUCAGCCACGGCCCUGGCAAUAGAUGUCCAAUACCAUCGCCGGCCAAUGGGUGCAUGCCGUUUUUACUUUACCCGGGCGAACGUGCCUUGCAUUGGAGCCGAAGCGGCACCUAACGCCACGGUGAAAAAAAAAAUAUAUGGCAAGUGUGUGUGUGUGUAUGGACAAGGGGAGGUGUAGGGGUUAGAAAACUUAUUGACUUGGGAUUCCAAACCGUGCUCAGGAUGCUGCUUAAACCACUUUCGCCGCUGUACACUGGUGCAGUGCGGAAAAGUGUAUUGAGAUUUGGAAGGGUCUGUUAGCACUUGUCACGGGACACUGCACAUUUCGUUCAAUUACUAAUGUGUUUGUGCACCGCAUAAUUCAGAGUACCGGUAUAAUAAAUGACGUCUAAAUAAGCUACUGAAAAACAUUUGGAGCAGUGUAAGGCAUUUCUGCUUCCUUAAAAAAGAAACUAAAUAUUGUGCACCAGUUUCUUUUUUUCACCUUCCCUACUCCUUGGUUAUACGAAUCACAAAUUUUAAGGUCACGAGCUUGGCAGAUCCAUAUUUAAACUAAACGAGUCUGUAAAAUGAUUUGACAGGUGCAGCAAAUACUAAUAUGGACUUUAUUAUUGUUUGCUCUGCACGAUUAACGUAAGGUUGAAUAGUUUAUACAUAUUUUUUGUUCUAAAUAUAAGCCUUCUUCUUUCUACUGCUGCAAAUUUGGUGUUUCAUAAUAAAAAAAUGGAUGUUUUUUCCCGCAUCUUGCUCCAAAUAUAGAUUUUAGUGCUCUAAAACUAACAUUUAACUGCUUCAAAAAUUGCUCCAAAUUGUAUUUUGGCUGUUGCACCCCUGGCACACAUUAUCAGCAUUAUUUCCGGCUUGAUUUUAUCUAAAUUUUACACAAAAGUAUAGUUCUACAGUGAAUUCAUACUAACAACACAACUGCAUGCAUUUCUUGCCUGUAUUGUUUGCAAUAAAGCAAAGUGUGCAUUGUUUGGCAUUAGAAAAAACUGUAGACGCUGCUGGAACAAAACGGUAGUGUCGUUAGACACCAUUCGAUUGAGUCUUGGCACUCCAUGACCAUAACUGGCGCACUGUUGGCACCAGUUUGGUGCUGCUCCAUCAGUUUCACGACUAGCACAUCAUUCAUGCACAUUCCAUUUGAAAAGAUAGCCUUGACUUUCUUCCUUCACAUUGUGUGUGCCUCUGCAGAGGUUUUAAAUGCAAAAAAAAAAAAAUCCUUAAUUUGUACUUUACGCAACAGACAGUUUCUUUUUUGAAUUUAGGUGUACUGUAUUUACUCACAUAGUAGGCACACUUUCUCUCCAGAAAAUCCGGCUUCAAGUUUGAGAUGCACCUAUUUCGCUGGGUAAAAUUUUCUAAAAUUUAAUUUCCAACUACAGCAUCAGAUAACGUAUACAUUGCUGAAGUCGUGAAUAUCAGCACUACGACCCAAAACAGUCUUCACAGGCUACACUAGCCCAAAACCUGGUGAGCAUGCAGUAUCGUGUGUCCUAAAAUUAAGGCAUUACAUGUGGUGUGUAUUCAAAUUUCCAAAAAA